AUGCCAAACAUACGGGAGUUGUUUGCUGCCGACGCCCGCGGGGAGUGUUUGUACAACUCAAGUUUGGCUGGGAAACAGACAGAGAUAUGUGCAGCUGACGCAGAAGGAGACGGCAACAGAUAUACUCUCGAGGCCGCAGCGGACUACACGCUAGAGCAACUACAGCGGAUUCCGCAACACAUUCCAGAGUCUGUCCGCGCAGGCCUGCGAAAAGCAUUCUUCUACUACGCGGAUGCAGCAGGUUGUGGCCAGGUUGUUUUUGAAAGCCAGCAUCAACAGACGCUUUUUGCUGGCAUCUUCCAGCUGCUGCAACAGCCGUCGUUCUUUACGCUUCAGCAGAAACAACACACACUCAUUGGGGCCUACUACAGCCCCAACCCCGAAGUCCACGGGCCCCCGCCUUAUAGAGGUGUCGUCUCGUGCUAUGGUGGCCCAUCUGUGCAGUUUGUAACGGACAGCUGGGAGUUGCACAUCGACCCCAGAGCGCAGGCCCUUGCCAGACUCGCGCAGCAGGUAGCGCCUUUUAGGGUCUGCACUUUGCUCUGGUCGCUAUAUUGUUUGCUCGUGAUAAAGGCGGACAAUCGAGGUUCUGCCGGCCGCACAACUUCGUUUGAGAAGAGCAUUUACUUGCUGCUUGGCCACAAGGAGGCAGCAGACCAGGCAGCAGCGUGUCUUCACCUGUGCAAGAAAGGGCUUCUAAAACUGAGCAGCAACAGCAGCAGCUCUGGCGGGGAGACAGAGGCGGAAGGGGAGUUGCGAGAAGGAGUUGGGAUUUAUGGGGUCAGCUACGGCGGCUUUUUGAGCUGCAUGGCACUGCUGCUACAGCCCCAUGUCUUUUCUGCUGCUGUAGCAGUUGCACCCGUCACCUUCUGGGAAGGUUACUCAACCCAUUACACGGAGCGGUAUUUGUCUCAGCCUCACUUGAACCCAGCGGGUUACAGCUUCUCUUCAGUGCUGCCUUUCAUUAAUGCGCGCAAGCAGCUGGAGCCAGGGCGCCUUCUGCUUUUGCACGGAGCAGCAGAUGAAAAUGUGCUGCUGCAGCACUCUCUCGUAUUAGCUGACGCCCUCAUCAAACAUCAGGUUGGAUUUGAGUUGAUUUGUCUGCCGUCUUCUCGGCACGGGGCGUCUUCGCCUGCAGAUGCGGCUCUUCUGCGUCUACGUCUGCUGCAUUUCUUCUCUCUCUGUUUUCUACACGAAGGGAAAAGGCAUGUAGAAACGAAACAAUAA